CUCGUGCCUCGAGGAAUGUCGGCAUUCCUCAGUGUACCCCCAGCCUAAACCACCCUGUCGCUCCUCACUUGGUCGGAGGCUGUGCUAAGGAUUGGAAGGCAUUAAGAUAAGAUGGUUUACACGCGUCCGGUCACCGUACCGUAUCCAACAAUAUGGCGCCGAUUCACGGUACAGCGGCGUGACGUCACGCAUCAUCUCCGUGUGCAAGACUUGACUGAAGAGCUCCUAGAGCCAGCUGUUCAGUUGUUGAAGACAUACUUCACCAGAGACGAGCCGCCUUGCAAACGUAUUGAUAUCAACAGCCAUCCAAACGCAGUAGCCGAGCUGGUGAAUCUCUGGAGAACCACGAUCAAGGACCAGGUGUCUCUGGUCUGCGUGGAAGAUAAAGAUAAUCCUGAGAUAAUUGGCGUCAAUGUGCUGACUGUUGUCAGCAAGGAUGACAAGGAGGAGCCGUUUCAGACGGACGAUGAAGUCUGGGCCAAGCUGUUCGGUGCAGUCGACCUGGUCUCCCGCAGUGUGGACGUCUUCGCCAAAUUCGGAGUGGACCAGUACCUGACUGCGUACGGGCUGGUGGUGGACCCUGAGUGGAGGGGCUGCAAGAUUGGGAAGGAGAUACUGGAAGCCAGGAUACCUCUCUGCAAAGCCCUGGGCAUCAAGGUGACAGUUACAGUCUUCACCGCAGCCGCGUCCCAGGCAGUGGCGAUGAAAGCUGGCUUUCAUGACCUCUUCGAAAUAACGUAUGAGGAGCUUGCAAGUAAAGGUUUUGUGUUCCCAGGCGUGGAACUGGAGACCAGGUCUUCUAAGCUCAUGGCUUUAGUUGUUGAGUAGGCUUUACAGAGGAUCUCGUUGUGAUCUUAAGCUUGCAUGCUGCACGCUUUUAAAUAUGUACUUAAGUUAUUUAUCUACCCUGUUACAUUUGGUGACCUUGGUGGCGCAGUGGUAAAGUUCUUGCCACUGAACCGAGAGGUCCCGGGUUCGAUCCCCGGUCGGGUCAUGAUGGAAAAUGAUCUUUUUCUGAUUGGCCCGGGUCUUGGACGUUUAUCUAUAUAUGUAUUUGUUAUAAAAUAUAGUAUCGUUGAGUUAGUAUUCCAUAACACAAGUCUCGAACUCACUUUGGGCCUAGCUCAAUCUGUGUGAUUCGUCCUAAUAUAUUUAUUUAUUUAUUAUUCUUACAAGAUAUACCUACGAGCACACUAGAGUCACCAUCAUAUUUUUGUAAAUUCUUUUUGUUUACAUUUAGCGGGUUUCGUGUUAUGUAAAAAAUUGUAACCCAGGUUCUACACUAUCGUCGAACAGUUUGCCAAACUUUGGCGGAUUCUGUAUAGGUACUUUGCUGGUUUUUCAUCGCGGUACAUUAAAUCGCUUAUACUAACUACGCAGUUCGCGCAUUCGCGUCGGCAUUCGUUUGAGUUCGGCGACAUUCCACAUUAUAAUGUAGUGUAGAGUAGAUCGUACAUUGACUGGUUGUUAAAUCAUGAAUUAAAUUGUUUUUUUGAACAUAAUAAUGUUGUUAUAUACUCUCAAAAUAAUGUUUUCAUUUAUUGUAAUAAAAUUUUGACAAUGUUGAAUUUCGAAAUAUUUUAAUUACUGUUUUGUUUGUGGCCUGUGUACUUUAUGUAUUAUUAUUUAGUAUGGAAUUGAAAAGUAUUAUUUCAUGAUCUCAAGUAAUUUUAAGGAAACAUAUCAUUUUAGUUUUUAAGUAAUGUUGCUGAAAUCGUUAUUUACCAUGUAACUAUGUUCCUACAAACUAAAUGUUUCGACUGUACUUAAAGCGAAUAAAAAUAUU